AUGGCGCCUGUGGCUAUUCGACAGAGUCAUUCCCUUGGACCUGGCCUCCCUCGCUUCCCAAAGCGACCACCAAAUGUCCCGGUAAAAGUCAACAAGUCAAUUGACCCUGAAGUGUUCGGCCAGCUGUUCGCUGGCACUAUUGGAAUAUUUCUACUUGCUGUCUUGUUCUGGAAGCUUGGGAACUUUAUCAGACGAUUCAACCGAAACAAGGUGCUGAGGGCAGGCAAAUCCACCGACACUCGCUACGCACGCACAUGGUAUGGCUGGGUCUCACAAACGACGCAUGAAAGAAACAAAAAGUUUCUUCAUGACAUUUUUAGACGCAUUUGGGAUUCGAUGGCAUGGAAGUCUACCCGAGCUGACUAUAGCUGGGUUUGGUGGGAUCCUGGUGACAUACAGAGACAGAAGCGCCAGCGAGAGAAAAGAGGGCUUUGGUGGUUACCGGAAUGCCUCAAGAGCUACGAUGACUUUCCAACUGCAGAUGAGCUUUGGAAUCCGUGUGCGCAGCCCCAAUGUCAUGGUGCUCUCAGGGAAAGCUUGUCAACAUCUCAGGCUGUUCCGUUGCCGGAUACUGUGCAGAGGCCACAAGCGCAAAAGAAUGUGCUCGGUUCUAUCUUGCGGGACAGGUCUUUCGUAAAUAGUCCCAAGCCAGUGAUCACUCGCUCAAUCCUAGAAGAGCUUUACCGAGACCCCAUGCAAGCCAGCGAUAACAGUUCAAACCAUCACCCAAAUUUUCACUCAUUCAACAUAACAAGGCGAGAUAUUCCUGCUUCAGUAACUCACCAGAAUAUGCAGUCAUUACCGUCCAGACAGCGUGAAUCGUUUCAUGUUCGAGCUUCAAUUCCAUGGUCGCUCGAUGGAGUGUCUCAGGAUAUCUCGUGUCAAAUUGAAUCUGUCAUGGAUCAUAUGGAAUUUCAAUAUGGAACCAUGAAGUCGAAAGGCGCACCUCAUAUGAGAAUUUAUCAGUCUCAUCGCCAUACUUGUCCGCGCAGAUAUCGUAGAUGGUCAGCACGAAUGCAGCUGGAACCCAGAGCGGCGGUCUUGAAGAACGAAGGGGGUUCAUCUGGCCCACCUGGGACCCCAAAGACUGAAAUUUUAGCCAGCUAUGUCUCUGAUCGGAGCUCUUCAUUUCACGGCCGUCUGAAGCAGAAGAGCAACAGCAAGCGAGGGCAAUUGCAGAUUUCCGAAGAUCAAAUAUCUUUCGCUUCCAAAGUGUCUAUUGGCAAUCAAAUUUUGUUCGAAAAUGCAGGGCGGACUUAUACCAGGACUAUUCAAUGGAACUCAGCCCCAGCCAGAAGUCAUUCUCAAGGCAAUGGGCUGAUAUCUCCAUCAAGACCAACUUUGUAUGACGAAUGGCGGUCCAUCUGUGACAAAAAGCAUCCUUCCCUCCCCCGCCGCAAAGGCAAAAAUGCAAAAUCGAACGCGCUUCAAAUCUCUCCAGAUCAAAUUCAGCCGACACAAUGCGCCGCGGACGAUUUGAGUGACUGGGAGGUCCGGAUGCUGGAGAGGUUGGACCGAAAGCUUGUCUGGAUCUUCAAUGAAUUUACCCCGGGACAGAAGCCUUACCAUUUUGCCAUGCUGGCCAAUCACUGGAUGAACAAAGAGACAUGGAUUGUGUAUGACCCCAUUUCCAGAGUACCCAUCGAUGCACGCCGGGAAUGGGGAGACCCUCGAUUCAAUGCUCCUUAUCCAAAACCAAUUCUGAGUCCUAGGCCGAAGUACCCAGUUUCUAAGCGGAAGCGAGCACAUAUCCCUCGGAUUGACUCCUGGCGAGCAGCGGUCAACAAGCAGAGGAAGGUAUCCGGAAUUCGGGAGGCCAUUCGUACCAUUACUCUGUAUGAAGAAUCAGCGGAGGAACCGCCUGAUGGCCAUAUCGAUCCAGCCUGUUGGUCUUUACCGAAACCGCCUCAAGGGUUUGAGAUGUCUACGACACAACGGAACGCCUGGUACGAAGGAGGCGCAGGGUGGCAAGAAAAGCUCCACGACUGGCAGCAAGUUCAUCAUCAUGGAUACCGUAUUCACAAAGCCAUUCAUGAAGGCCGAGUCAAUCGAGAAAAGGUCAAAGGAGUGGCAGCGCAAAUAAAUAAAUCUUGCCGAACCAUCUCGGGCAAGUUGAUCCCAAAUUUCGAUGUUGGAAAAAUAAGAGCCUCAACCCCCAUCGUCUCAUGA